GACGAUUGGCACUCAGUGAAUGCUCGUUUGGUUGCCAUGCGGACACUGCAGUAUAAGUACCCCUGGGAGCAUUCUUCUAGGAGUACCUUCGAGGCCAGGCGUUUGCUUGCAGCUCGUUUUGCUAAGACGGAUGAUCAGAUGCUGCUUGCUGCCUUCAAGAAGGAGGCUGUGCUUUCCAGGUCGAUCGAGGAUGCCUUUGCAGGCAAGGCGAUGAAGUUUUUCAUGCAUCACACAGGUGCUUAUUUGAAGUCUCCGAUUUCUGCAAGAGUCUCUGGGGUGGCUUCUUCAAUGGAGCUCAAGAAGCGGCCAUUGUGGCAGGCGCCGCCCCUUCCUGUGACGCAUGUUCGUGCCUUGGAGGAGUUUGUGGUCGACACGGACGACCAUGCCCGGGCCACCAUUGCAGGGUUUUUGCUGUUUUGCAUUUACUCUUCCUCGCGGUUCUCAGACGCUGCCAGAGCGAGUGGGAUUUCGAUGGAUGAGUCGGGUGGCGCUGUGGUGAUACUCGAGACAGGGACCAUGCACUACAAGACCCGGGCCAAGGACCGGCAGAAUCGAAUGUUGCCGCUGCUAGCUCUGGGGCGCACCCUUGUGCAGCCUGGUUGGGGUGCAUUUUGGAUUAAGCAUCGCGAGGCCACGGGGAUCUCGAAUCAUUCCUGCCUGAUGCCAGCACUUGCACCUUCAGCCUCGUGGCUCCAGCGACCCAUGACUGCUGGAGAAGGAUCUAUGUGGUUGAGGGAGUUGUUGCAUUUGGCUUCUGUAUCAGGUGACCUCGAGGCCUUCACCUCCCACAGCCUAAAGGCUACGGCGCUGAGUUGGAGCGCUAAGUCGGGGACCAUGACCUACGAAGAAAGGUUGACACAGGGUCAUCAUGUUCACCCCAAGCUUGGUAUGGCUCUGCUGUACAGCAGAGAUGCCAUGGCUGAGAUCACGGCGAAGGUGGGCCGGAUCAUUCGAGCUAUCGUUAGCGGCGGAUUUUCACCUGAUUUGCCGAGGGCACAGAGGGUUGCGCUUGCCAUGCAGAGAGCUCCUGAAGACUUCGCCCACCUACCGGAGACGCAGCCGGACCUCGUCGAGGGAGAUGAGGAGGCUCGUGAGUCAGAGGGUGAGGGCUCAGACAUCUCGGACUCUGAGCUACUUAAAGGGCUGCAGGCGCUGAAUUUGCCCCCUGCUCCCGACGCGGUGCGGCCCCGUAUCGAGGCCACUUUUGCCGGUAAUGUUUUCAUGCACAUCCUCACAGGGGUGAUGCACUGUGAGGCUUCGCCAGGGAGAUUCAAGUGUGGGAGGCGUGUUACCUCCAACGUGCGUUCCCUGUCUCAGGGUGAAGCUCAGAUUCAUGUUUGCCAACAGUGCGCUGCUGCGGAUAGCGGUGCCUGA